UAAACAUUGUAACUUCAGAUUCUCUACUUAUAUUUAGGUGGUAUUUUUAAUUUGCCGUGAUUAUUUGCUCUCCGUCACACAGGUUUAAGCCCUAAUUUCUCAUCGAAAAAUCAUGCGGAUAGACAAACUCUUGGAAGAGUUAUGCUGCCAUGGCUUAAAAAUGGGAGGAAUGAAUUCUCGCACAACUGAAAGAGAGGAAAUUUUAUGUCUGUCAUUUCCGUUGAAGCAUUCAUCAAGCAAUCGAAAUAAACAAUCAAUUAGUAAUUUGCUUUUCCAUGAAACUGUUGCUACCACGCAACAACGUGCACGCUUUCAAGAUAUUAUUUCGGAGCCUGCUGGUGGAGGAGUGGUGCAAGUACGUCCAUCUUUUCAUAUUCAUUCGUUGGGUGAAUUCUUUUAUAUUCCCGUACGUCGACAGAGCGAUUCGCCUCAUGCUAUUUAUCUUAGGCCCUCUGAUCCUUGGAUCUAUAAUGAGUUGACUGAAUUUGCAAGAGACUAUCCCAAUCUGAUAGUACUUCCUCCUCUUGAUUAUCCCAAUUUGGUACCUAUCACCAACAACCUACUGAAAAGAAUAAUAGCAGGAAUCCAUAAGCAUAGACUAUGGCUAAUGUCAAUAUUAUUCUCUGUCACUCUUGGGGUGUGUUGGCCCAUUUGAUAUCCGUAUCUACAGCGAUUGUGGGUGGAGAUUGGAGCAACAAUAAACUCAAGACAUUCAUUUAUUUAUUUAAUAUUAUGAGUUUGUUUCAUUUGGAAGAAUCUUUCUUUUUGUUAUGGUUUGUGAAUUUGUUUAGAAUGUCUAUUCGAUCAUGGGAUGAUGAAACAUGUGUUAGAAGUGUGUGUUUUUGGCAAUUUGAGUGGUAAUUUACUGCUCAAACUAUUAUUACCUAAUUCUUUA